UCUGCGCCUGCGCGAGAAAAACAACAACCCGACUCCCGAACCCGGAUGUAACCAACGCCUAACCUGCCUCGGAAAGAAAGGAUGCAGACCAUAAAAUGUGUAGUGGUCGGGGACGGGGCAGUAGGAAAGACCUGCCUACUGAUUUCCUACACAACCAACAAGUUCCCCUCGGAAUAUGUGCCUACGGUUUUUGAUAAUUAUGCGGUGACGGUUAUGAUUGGGGGAGAGCCCUACACACUUGGCCUUUUUGACACAGCGGGUCAGGAGGAUUACGAUAGACUGCGCCCUCUCAGCUACCCGCAGACAGAUGUAUUUCUUGUAUGCUUCUCGGUCGUCUCCCCCUCAUCCUUUGAGAAUGUCCGGGAGAAGUGGGUUCCUGAGAUCUCCCACCACUGCCCACGAACACCCUUUUUACUAGUGGGAACUCAGGUAGACCUGAGGGAUGAUAGCAACAUGGUUGAGAAACUGGCCAAGAACAAACAGCGCCCCCUGUCUCCUGAGAGUGGAGACAAGCUGGCCCGAGACCUCAGGGCUGUCAAAUAUGUAGAGUGCUCUGCUCUCACACAGAGGGGGCUGAAGAAUGUGUUUGAUGAGGCCAUUCUGGCAGCGUUGGAACCUCCUGAGACUAAACCCAAGAAACGCUGCAUUCUGUUAUAGGUGGGGAAUCGGAGCAAGGGAUGAAAAGGAGAAAGAAACAGGUGGGGUGACAACAAAUCGUGAGAGAUGGAUCAAUGGCCUUCAUGAAAAAGGAUUAAAAAACAAAGCUGUAGGGAGAUGAAGUGGCAUUGAAACAUGUACAGUACUCCAGCACAUGAACACUGAUUGUGCCUUAUUAGUAUGAGUUGGGAGAAGAAGAGGGAAGGAAAAGGAUUUCCCUCGUGUAGCGAAUGCAGUAGGAGGAGCACUCCACUUUCCACUUUUCUCCUUUUCAUAAAUCUUAGAAACGCAGUGUUUUCCCUUCAGUACUUAGGUGGGGCGGGCCCCCCUUGCCUGUCACCAUUGACACCCUCCCCCCUUUAAAAAAGAUAUAGUUAUAUGGGUGCAGUUGGCCCCCUUUUGUGUUUUGCCUGCUUUUUGUGCCUUUUGGGGAUUUUGUGUCCAUCUUAAGGAAAUGCAAACUGGGAAAACACAUUAGUAACACUUAACACGAAGUUGCUCAGUGUACAGUGUUCUCACACAUUUAAAGAGCAGCUUAAUGCUACGUGUUACUAUGCUUGUUUAGUUUUUUUUUUUUUACCAUGUUUUGAGUUGGGGAUGAAGAAAGCGCAGGAGAUUUACUAUCACUCUAGUCCAGGGGUAGCUGUAGUUACCAGUUACUUUCUUCCGACUCCCAGUGAAUUAUGGGAAGACCAAGUGCAUUGUCACCAAUUUGCCUUGAACUGAAUUUAUUAUAUACAUUUUUUUUUCCUGUAUGUUGUAUUAAUUCUAUGACUAUUAUUUUGGGAAAUUUUUAGAAGUUAUUCAUUUUGAAACUUGAGGUUUUUUUUUUUUUUUUUUCAUCCAGAUUUCCUUUUUUCUCCAUUGCUAGACUACCAAUUUUGAGUGAUUGACCAUAUAACAAAUUAAGCUGUAAUAUUUUGAAUAGAUCCUUAUGUUGAUAGAGAUAAUGAAAUGAUAACCUUUCUCAGUAAACUUCUGGCUGUUUAUAAUCACAGAAUGUUUGUAAUAAAAUGUUUGAACUGACA